UUUCAGGAGAUUUACAUUGAGCAAUUUUCUAAAGACAGAGCCUCCGAGCUCUGACAACCCAGAAGCAAAGACCCGGAGCAAAGAAACGAACGUUUGACUUUUUCCCGCCAUGUUUUCCAAGCUGUUUACGUCUGACCUGUCAAUCACAGGUGAGGUUGUUAUGACAACAUUAAUUUUUGGCCUCGUUCUGCGUAAUUCUCGUUUCUGAUUGGUUGUCGUUGAAGUCCUGUUGUCGCAGUUGCAAAAUGGCGUCUUCUUGAAUGUGACCCGCCCCAGAGCCCAUGGCUGAAAAAAACACCAAAAUGGAGAGGGGCCUCUCGCGCGAAUAUCUUGCCUUUAUCUUUUCCAUUUUCCUUGCUCCUCGAACCUGCAGAAACUAUCUCAGUCCUUUAUCUCGGUGGCUCAAGUUAACGAGAAAAUGCCUUCUUCUUUGGCCUGGAAUAAAACGAAUUGUGUUUUCAGAGUAUCGAGCAAGGUGUCAUUCAAUACGGUUUGGUGUACCAAAAAAGGGCGCUUAUAGGGUGUGUGAUUUUCUCAUUCGCUCAUCACCGAGUGGUCGGCAGUUGAACGUAAGCCACAAUGGCGAGCGCGUAGGAAUCGCUCAAAGGAACGGACUUAUACGUUCGCUUUUCGCCGUUCGUUGAACGAAGAACUGCUCCAUUUACCUUUAUGGAGGAAAUACAAACUAAACCUGGUCCUUUGAAGUUUGAAACGAGCAGUUUCGACACAAUUGAUGUUGGUGCCAAGAAAGAGCAAGCCAAAGCGACGAACGUUAUGUUUCAAGGAAAGAACAUCCACUCUUCGCCGCUGGACGGGAAACUUCUGUGCAGUUACAGCGAAAAGCUUUGUAAGCAAAGGAGACUCAAUGGCUACGCUUUCUGUAUUCGUCAUGUGUUGGAGGAUAAAAAUGCCCCUUUUAAACAAUGCCAGUUUGUGGCAAAAUACAACGGACAUCAGUGUACAAAUCCCAUACCGUUUGCCGAGGACAGAAUCUACUGUAAUAGCCAUUUGCAAGUGUUGGGAAUCGUUCCUAAGAAGAAUCGACGGAAAAAACCGGGCGAAGGAUGUGAAAGCGAAGUGAAUUCAUCUUCGUCGACCUCUGAAUGUAAAGCAAGAACAGAUGUUUUAACGACUCCUGCCUCGACAAACAUGUCUUCGAUUCCCCCUCAACUCUAUCCUUUUCGUUUAAAAAAGCCCAAAAAUGUACCGCAGAAGAGAACUUAUACGAAUAUUCCUGCGAUCGAAGAGUUGAAGGAUAGUCAAAGGAAGUGGCAGAAGGAUAGGGCAGAUUUAUUCAAGAUUUACGGUAUUGACAGCUCAGAUGAUGAUAGUUCCAGUGAGGGUGAUGAAAUGCCAUGGCAACAAAUAUGGCUGUCGUCUGACAGUGAUCUUGAUUACGAUGCUCUCAGAAAAGAAAAUAACUGCCUUGAAGCUGAUAUACGAACUGCUAAGAUUUCCAGACUAAGUACCCAACUUCGCAGGCAACUUCACCAGCUGCGGAGAACACUGCGGUCAGGCCGUAAUCGUUACAAGGAUCUUUUAGCAUCUGGUAGUGUUCUUGUUAAGGCUGUUCACAGUAACAGUUCAGCAUGUGUGGAUUCUUUACUUGAAAAUAGCAAGAAGUCAAGGAAAACAAGACCAAGACCAGCAGCAUGCCAGAGAAAAGCAUGUGCAUUUUCUAAGGAUGAUGUGCAAUGUGAUAAAAUGGCUUUCCCAUAUACCAAGUUUUGCAAAGAUCAUAUAAUGAAUGACUCCAAGCAGGUACUAUAUGCUCAGUGCACGGCAAAGUGGCCCGGAGGUUUGCAGUGUUCUGUGCCAGUGUUUGAUGUUAUCCACGAGCGACCUCUUUGUGAUGAGCAUGCUAGGAAAAAGGCCAAGUUUCAGGAAGCUCAAGCCCAGGCUCAAGCUGCAGCAGCAGCAGCAAAGACAUCUCCAGGAGUAAUCAAACCUCCUGUGAAGAAACCACGCCGCAAACCGCAACCAAAGGCAUCUUUACCUCAGAAGGUCCCGAAACUCCCAAAAAAGCUGCUCAAUAGGAAACCUGUUGCUCCAAGGCCAAACAAGGCAAGAGUAGUAAAGACACCGAACAAUUCUUUAAGACCUGUUGGCUUGGACAAUUCAUUUAGUCCAGACAAUUCAUCUGAUAUGUUGUCUCCAGAUAUCAGUUUAUCGUUAUCAUCAGACUAUUCACAUGGGAGUGCGUCUUCUCCAAUAUCACCAGCACUCGAUGACUUUCAGCAAUAUGAUUCUUCAAUGUUUGAAUCUGAGCAAAGAGAUGAUAUACUUCUUGGUGGGCUAGAACAUGAGGAAAGUGAACAUGACAUUCUUAACGACAAUUUCCCAGGUGUGUCUAAUGGUAGUUCUUCCAUCAAAGGCCUUUAUCCUGGCAAAGACAAGAAUUGUGGAGCUGGACACUCUGUGCCUGCUUCAGUGAUUACACACACACCAGGGUUGUUAAACAGCCCUGCCUUUCUUAGUGCCAGUCAAGGUGGCACAGGCUUGACGGACUCCAGAACUAAAUUGUCUCCACUCAAUAGCAAGAGUAAGACAAACAAAGGUUCUAAACCAAGAGAAACAAAGAAACUGGUUAAUGCAAGUAAUGCUUCUUCCCACUCAGUUGAAAGCAUUCUAUCACCAAACAUUCAUCAUAACAACAUGAAAAUGGAGAAUAACAAGAUAAAAGAACUUGCGCUUAACAAAGACCCCAUGUUCUCUCCUCCACAUGGACUUCUAGGAAGUAAUGACUUGAAGUCACACAGCAAUGGUGUUACCUCUGAUCAUCUCCACUCUCCGUCCAUGACAAUGGAUGCUAUCCUGUCUCCUACGCAAAGAUCCUGGUCAGCAAUUGUUAGUAGUAACACGUCUCCAGCUUCAUCAUCAUUUACGUCACCACUUAAUUCUUCACAAACUGGAUUAUCAAGACUAGUGUCACCACCUUUUUCUCCACCCUCAAUGUCCCCUCACAUUUCACCCCACACUACCCUUGGGAGUGUCUUCACAUUUGACAGACCAACACACUUUCAACAAUCUCAUAUUACAUCACCGACACUUAGUCCCGCUAGUCCAUCAUUCCUUCAAGGGCAAAUAAAGCAAGCAGGGGCACCUUAUCAACGGCCCAAUGAGCUUGACAACACUGAAGAUCCAUUUCUUUUCCCAGUUGACAGAGACCAAUCGUUAUUUGGUGGUCCAUUUAAUCAGAAUCAUGACACUUCCUUGGGUGACCUGCGAUUAAGAUGAAUGGCAUGUUGAGCCCUAUGUUUGUCCCCCACAAGCAAAGCAGAAAGUUCUUUAACAUCAUUUUGGGCAAUAUGUGGAAAAUAUCUUUUAUGUGGUGAAAGUGACAAGCUAAUGUGUCAUCUAUCGCUCUGUCUAUAGAUGCAACUUCUUUGUGGACUGUAAAAAUCAGGGACCUGUCUGCAAUUUAUGCGAAGAUUUUCCAGACAUGACAUUUUUUUAGCAACAGCUUAAUUUGAUUGGUCACUGCUGAAGAAACAGAGAGCUUGUUGUUACUACUAUGUAAAUAUGGACACUGUAAAUAUUAAGCCGUUCCUCUCCUUUCUCAAAAAGGUGCAACUCUCCACAGAAAGAAAACAUUGUGGUCUGUGAUCAGUCUGUUUCUUAAAAUCUGUGUGGAGUGAACACAAAAAUAGCUUGCUCUUUGAGCACCCAGAAGCCCAGCCACCGUGGGCCUGUGCUGCUUGUGGCUUUUAGUUUUACUGCAUGCUGCAAUUGGAUCAUGCUACUUUUGCAUUCACUCAACACUACUUUAUAGGGAAAACAAAGCUUCUUACAGUCUAAAGGAAUGAAAUUUGCAGGCCUAGUAUUGUAAAUUGACUUUACUUUACAUAUUUGAAGAGAAAUCAAUUAAUUUGGAACCAACGUGAUGAGGAGUUCUGAAUCACUUGUUUGACUGUCAAAAUAUUUUCCCUUUUCAUCUUGUCGAUUUUUAGACCAGUUAAAACAUUCCACAAUCUUUAUUCAUUCAUGAAAGUCCUGUUGGUUUUUUUGUGGUUGUAUCACUAAUAAUUGUGGAAUAUUGAAACUACCACAAGUGACCUGAAUUUGAAAUUUAGAACUGCAUUUAAAAUGCAACUGAUGUUAUUUUGAGGAAACCACUGAACACUUUAUACCGUAUUUAUGCAACUUCGUCUCAAAGAUGGCUUGAAAUAUUAAUACUGCGAUUACUCUCUGUGAAUGUUCAGGUGGAUUAUAGUUUCUUUUCCUCAAAUUGGUUGGUUUUGUAUGUUGUGAUUCAACAUUUAACAGUCCCUUUUCAGGGUAUUUCUUUCUUGUCGCCAUGUUACGAAAACUUUGAAUUCUACAGUGUUUUUUCAAAGAAAUCCCUGGGGUGUGUUGAAACCUUUGGAUGUUUGUUUUUGUUGUAUUUGCAAGCUCUUUCACGCUGUAUGUAGCUCAAUGUUUUGUCCUCAACAUGGGUACUAGUUUAUUUUUUCUGUCUUCUCAUUUUGGGCUUGUCUUUAUAUUCAGCUAUUUGUACUGACCUAUAUGUUAGUUUCAUGAAAAUGUUGAGGGGCUGCAGCCAGGAUAGGUCACGCUAAAACUUAAAACGUUUUCUGGCCAAAACUAAUUGUUAAACACAAGCUUUUGACUGCAUUAACUGCAGUCUUCAUUGAGUGAAGUGUUUCAAUAGGCACAAGAAAUUCAAAAUAUAGAGUGAUAUAAAGAAUAUAAUAAAAUAAAAUUAGGAAUUUUUACUAAAAUAGAAUGCUAGCAAACCAUGAUGGCUCCCAGUGUGGACAAUAACUAAUAUUCUUUAUGGCAAAAAUUCUUAAUUUUAAUCUACAAUCUUUUUAUCACACUAUAUCUUAGAAUUUUCGGUGCCGCCUUCAUCAUUUCACCUUUUAAAGACUGCAAAGCUUGUGUUUUCAAAAUAUUCUUAGUCAGAGAACGUUUUAGUUUUACUAUAUUUAUUUCGCUUUCUUCUUGAAGCAAGUAAGUUUGAUUUUUGUUGCUUAGGGCAAUGCUUUGGGCAAAAUACCACUACUACUUCUUCCUCGUUGAUGAUGAAGUGAUGUGCUUAAAACUUGAGAUACAUUCUUGGCCUAGCUAUUUAAAAUCUCCUGUUUUAUCAUUGUACAUUGUACAGCAAUCACUGAGAAAGAAGAUGGAUUGCUCAAAGUACCGAUGCUAGCGUUAAAAAGAGAAAUAUUGCUUUCCACUUUCUUGUGCUUUUAUCAAACAAGAUCCCUCUAUGUAAUAGAGAUUAUACUCCCAAACAAACAGUACUGUGGCCUCAGAACUUAAAAUAUAUUUAAUAUAGAACAUUUGUAUAAAAAAAUAAAGUAUUUUCUGACAACAUGA